ACCCAGCUAAAAACUGAACAUAGUUGAAAUCAUGAAUGGGAAAGCGUUCGUUUUGGCCAUAAUGAGUACAUGUAAAUCUAUGAUGACAUACGAUGGGACUACCAGAGUCUAGCAUGUAGUUUUAGUUCGCUUUGAACUGUAGCCAUUAUAAGUGCGACGCGAGACAACUAGACAAUGGACAACACUCACGGAGAUCCAUAUCGAGUUUCAUUCAAAUUCUCCCAACCAGAGCAAUGAUUGAGACUCAAACUGGUAAAGAGAAAUGCUAUGUUAAAGAAGAGGGCUCUAAUGUAACUCGAGACAGCGAAGGUCGCAGUAUUCCUGGUGUAAAUACUCUGUUACAAUUGGCCGCCGAUUUGGCAAGUGUGCUGGUGAUAGCUGAAACUAGUGUUGUUUGGGGUAACUUCAUACAAAGUUAGCAAGGUCACGUCAACGUCAUUCAAAAGAAAACAUAGUUGUUUUGAACAUCCAUCGCGCAGUUCUCGAGUCUGUAAAAUGGCAAGCCGUGAAAAUCUACCCGAUAUCCUAAACGAGUUCUUCAAAGCGAUUGAUGAGAUGAAUAACACAGUAUUGGUGCCCCAUCGACUCGUGGACAUCCCAGAGGAGAACGAGCUUCCAUCUGGAAAGUGCCAAUGCCCGACAUCGACUGAUAAUUCUUUGGUCAAGCCUGGAAAAGAGUUGGAAGAUUCAGGGCUAUUCGGAACUUAUCACAUGCUUCUAGAUAUCAAGGAAGAAUUGACGACCGGGAAGCCCACGUCGGCUGAGGGAUGCUUCCGUUCGCACAUCAAAGCCGUAAUGGAAAGCAUGAAAUAUCUUACAGGGCUCGCAAGAUCCCUGACCCAGAAUUAUUGUAACGAGGUAUACAGAGGAGGCGAAGACAACUUUUUACGGCCGAAUAGUUUUUCGUUUGAUACGUUGGAAGAUCUACGCAAGCAGAAUGGUGCAGGGCAGCAAGCCAAAGAGGCAUCUCGAUUAGGACAUAGAGGAAGACAACGGUUUUCUUCGAUGUGAGGUGUUACUAUAUAUUGACAAAUGUUACAUGAUCGAUCGUUUAAAUGGAACCUGAAAUUAUGGCGAAAGGAGCUCCCAUUGUCUUUAGACAAAACAUAGGACAAACCACGAUGGCAUAAUCGUUCUUUCGCUGACUUAUAAUUAGACUUGUAAAGGGCUGCAUUUCCACGAAAUAUUCAAAGAUCUAGAAAAAUUUUCUCAAGGUUUUGCCAUGUUGGUUUGGCUUUAAAUUCACCGUGCGUAGGCAUAGAAUAUUUGGUAGCGUAACGUAAUCAUGUAUUUACAUCGGGUCUAAGACAUGUGGAGAACCUAGUCUGGGACUAAAAGUUACGUAUUAUUUAUUCGCAAGUGCAAAGCGUAAACGUGUUUGAAAAUCGGAAUCUAGGAUACUAAUGCUGCUAAAAAUUCAAUAUUGUGUAAAAAUUCCUGUUCGUGAUCAUCAAUAAAUU